AUGCCGACGUAUAGCGUGAGUCGAGGUUUCGCCUACAACUACAUUCAUAUCGCUCCGAGGGACUCAUCCAAAAAGUAUGUCCUGUUCCUCCAUGGUUGGCCAUCGAUUGCCCACGAAUGGCACCAUCAGAUCGAUCAUUUCCACAAACUCGGCUAUGGCGUCGUCGCUCCAGAUCUGCUCGGAUCGGGCCUUACAGCUCGCCCUCUCCUUGUGAAGCACUACCUCCUCAAAGACAUGGCCGGGGAUGUUGUGGAGAUCCUGGACCAUGAAAACAUCUCGUCGACGGUUUUCGCCGUGGGCCACGACUGGGGCUCUCACUUGCUGGGCCGGUUGGCAGUGUACCAUCCAGAGAGACUGGAAAGGAUCUGCUUCAUUGCGGUCGGUUACCGGCCCCCGCGACAGAAGAUUGACAUCGACGCCGUGAACGCGAUGACGCAGCAGAAACUGGGAUAUUCGACCUUUGGAUAUCAGAUUUUCUUCACCAAGGACGAGAAUGCGAUGGAAAUCAUGAACCAGCAUAAAGACUCGGUCAUGUCACUGCUGUAUGCAGACGAUCCCACGACGUGGAAGGUACACUUGGGUCCUCCUGGAGCCCUACAGAAAUGGGCAGAGGCCGGCAGCACAACACCGUACGGAUCUUACCUCACGGAAGAAGAUCACAAAGCGCGCAAUGCCAACAUUUCGGAGGUGCUCGGCGGUCUUCCAUCCCUCAACUGGUACAAAGCUCAUGCAUUUAAUCACAAUUACGAAGCGGAAAAAGGAAUUCCGGACGACAAGACCAAGUUGACACAGCCGACACUCUAUCUUACAUGCCAACAUGACUACAUCGGAGUGUGGAGUCUUCAACUGGCGGCCAUGGAGGCCUAUGUACCGGACCUUCAAGUCCAACAUCUGAACACUGGUCAUUGGGGGCAACUUCAGGCUGCGGAGGAGGUCAAUCUCGCAUUGGAAAACUUUUUCUCAAGGUCUUCCUGA